AUGUUAGAAGCAUUUCUAUCAUCAUCUUUUCAUGAUCAUCUACGUUGCACCUCAGAGUUUUUCCUCAGAGCAUCAACAAUCCACCAUCAAAUUUCUCAAGCUUUGAGCACUGGUCCGAGUCAACUUUCUCUUUUGGAUAAAAAAAUGGAUGAAGAUAUUAACUCCAUUUGCAAGCUUUUGCAUUUGAAACCCGACAAAUAA